GUCAGUAUUGAUUCAACAUUUUCCCAUGCAUGGUGCUUGAGUUACUGAAAUGACGACGGCGAGUUUACCAAGGGUUCCCGAGGGACUGCGGGACCUGAUGAAGGUCUAUACCAAGGAGGUGUUACGUGAAAAGCCGGCUGACUUGUAUGGCUUUUCGGCCAGCUUUUUCAACAUGAUUGUUGGUGAAAAAUCGCAUCAAUCGGUGCGAAAAUACGAACCGGUGCAAACUUACGAAACCAUCAUGAAAAACCGCAUACGUCAGCAGGUGCCCCUAUCCAUGGUGUUUAAUUUAAUACCAGAGAAACUCACCGACCUCAUCAAGCAAUUCAUAAAAGCAGUUCUUAGAGAGAAACCGGAUAAUAUAUACAUAUUCGCACAGGAGUACUUUCAGCGAAUGUCCAAGGAAAAGUCGGAUCGAAUUGAGUACAGCAAGUACUCGUCCUACGAAAAGUCAUUGAAGGACAAAGAAAACGUAACUUCUGCAUCGAAAGUAACCUGUGAGUGUGGUCGAGUACUGAGUGCGAAUAAAAAGGAUGUGGUAAACACGGCAUCCGUAUAUACAGACAACAAAUUGGCCGAGGCCGAUCAGAGAGCAUUUUCCAGCAGAAUUACCUAUAUACAAUCGGUCGUCAUCAUCCAAAGACAUUUUCGCCGAUAUCUCAGCGAGCGGAAAGUAGGUCGCACUAAGGAUAAAUGCAAUAACCUCGAGUACGUGGCAGCUAUCCUCCUGAUUCAAAGGCAGGUGCGUCGCUAUUUGGCCACCAAGCGGGUGGAAAAACUUAAAAAUUCACGUGACGCACAAAAACACGAUGGUAAACCUAAGCAUAAAGCUGCCGACUAUAUGAAAGCCGUGGUCGUCAUACAACGACAUUAUCGCAUAUAUUUGAAAAAGAAGCAGGAGCAAAAUCGAUUGAAGCACGGCCCAGUGUCCUUGGCAACAGCAGCCAUCAUAAUCCAAAGAGCCUACCGGAGAAUGGUGACUCGGCAUAGGGCCAAGAGAACCACAUCCUCCGGCACAGAUCAUGCCGAGGAACUUAAUGACAAUGCCUCCGAGACCGGAUCCUACACAUCGGUAUCCACCGCCCUGCUUUCAACGGAAUCCACCGAGCUGGGAAUGGCGAACUUCGAGGAACGAGUCCAUCAAAAAAUAAUUCACGAGGACGAGGAAGUGGAGAACAGUAAUGUUGAUGCCAGCCUUGAGAAGGAGUAUUUUGCGGAGGACAUUAAGGGCGAGCGAAAGUCGAUAAAUUUGCGGAAAAGCGAAAUUCUUAGCGGUGCCCUAAUUGAAAGCAUGAUUUGCAAACCUGAUUUGCAAAAAAAUAAGAACUCGAACGAAUCAAAGGAAUUCGAUGUAGAAUUAAAUGUAAAUCUGCAUCAACCAGCAAAACUUGAACAGGACAUUACCGACGAGAAGAUAACUAUUCAAGAUCCUGAACCGGAAGUAAAAGUUGAAAAUACAACAAGUCUAGAUCUAGAAACGAUGCCUCAAAUCGAAGUAAAAGCUCAAAAUACAAGUAAAGAUUUUCAGUCGGUAAGGGAGGAUCAUUUGAAAUCUAAAAAAAGCAGCUUGGAUAUAGAACCUGAAACGCCAGUGGAGUGCAAGGAUAAACCUGCUACAGGAGAUUUAGAUAGCAAAACUGAGGAUGAAAUUAAAGCGAAUCCAAUCGACUCCGACUCUGAUCAAGUCGAAGAAAGUAAAUUAAUAGGUAAGAUUGUGCAAUCUGAAAUGAAGGCUGUAGACUCAGGCAGUGAUCUUCCUGAAGAGAGUCGCGAAAGUGAGGACAGCACAUUACCAAGUAAUAUUGGGAAAAAAGAAAGUGAUGAUGUACAGGAAAAUAAUGCGGAACAGGGUAUCGCCUCAUCUGAUAAAACGAAAAAUGGCGAAAAAGAUACCGCCAUUAUUGCGUCCAAUGAAAUAGUUCCGCCACCUAAAAUUCUAAACUCUGAAAACCAAUUACAGGAAGUUCAAAUUAAAAACGAAAUUACUCCCACAGUUUCGAUUGAAAUAGAGCAUGUUGAAGACAUAUCUUUAGAAGAUUCAUUAGCAAGCCCUGAUGAUUUAAAAGCUAAGGAUUUAUCUGAAGGUACCUCGGUAGGAGAAGAGACCAAGAGUAUCCCCAACGUAGAAGUAGAUAGCUUAAAGAGCAUACUAGUCAAUCAUAAUCUAGAAGUUCGUGAGCAAGACGACAAGAAUGUGGAAGCAUCUGCAGAAACACAAAAUGUAAUUUCAAAUGAAGAGAUCCAUCCCUCAGAUACACAUGAAAAUAUUAGAGAAAGGACAAGCAUUGAAGAUGAAGACACUGUUCAAUCCAAUUUGGAAUCCCAGGAUGUGUUGAUUACCGAAAGCAAAGUUGAUCAGGACGAAAUUCAGAUAAACAAUGACCACAAACUGGAGUUGGGGGGAAAAUCGGAAAUAAUAGCACCAAAAGUGGAAGAAGUGCCGAAAACAGCACCGAAAGAUACAAAAGAUGGAGAAGUGUCAGGCAGCACGGAAAAAGUAGAAAUACAUAAAGAAGAACCAUUAGAAGAAAUCAUGGAGGCACCAAAUCAUGAUAUAACAUUGGACAAAGUAAUCGAAACUGAUCCCAAUAUGGAUUAUCAUAAGGUGUCGGAAAAUAACCAAGAGCGAAUGAGGCAUUUACCAUCUGAAGAUGUGGAAACGAGUACUCCAAGCUUAGCAGAGACAUCUCACUUGCCAGAAGUUAAAAAGGAAACAAAAUCUAUGGAUGAAUUAGAAGCAGCGAAAGAGUUAUCUGGACUUUUAAUACAUUCCAGAAAUGAUUUAUCAGAACAAAAUAUCAACAAAAAUUUAGAACAAACAGAUAAACUUCGUUUUGAUGACUCCUCGGAGGAAAACUUACAGGAUAAAAUGAAAAAACCGUCACAAGAGGAAAUCAUUCCAAUAGAAUCUGAAAGUUUAGAAACCAGGGGAUCAUCUCCAGAUAGAAGCAGACUUAUUAGUAAAAAUAACUCAGAAGAAACCAAUAAUGAAUCACAAAAUGUCCAUACUGAACGGACUGAAUUAAAAAACAAACCCAUUUCUGCGAAAUCCUCAGAACAAGAGGAUAAUAUAAAGAUUAUACUUCAUGAAACUGGUAAUCAGGACACAAGAACCCGCACAGAACUUUCUGUCAGUGAUGGUAAUAUUUCACUUGGGGAAUCUGAAAGAUUAACAGCUGAACAACAACAUUCCGAAACAAAGCAACUUGAAAAUCGAGAAGUGGAGAACGAAACUGCGGAAAGAGGUAAAAUAGUACCGGAAAACCCCGAUGCCAAUGCUAAAGACCUAGGAUCUUAUAAUUCCGACUCUGAGCAAGUCGAAGAUACUAAACUAGAAGGCGAGAUUGCGGAAUUGAAACCUGUAUCUGAAAAAUCGGAGGAUAAAACUAUUCCAACCAAAUCUGAGUCUGUACAAGCUGAAGAUGGUAAACUCGUAGAUAAGUCGACGGAAUAUUCAGAGGAUGCAAAAGCAGAAAACGAAAAGUCAACUUCACUUGAAAACCCGCCUUCAUCCGAAAAGGAAAAGCCAAUUUCACUUGAAAAAGCGCUUUCAUCAGAAAAAGGAAGGUCAACUUCACUUGAAAACCCACCUUCAAUUGAAAAAGAAAAGCCAAUUUCACUUGAAAAGGAGCCUUCAUCAGAAAAAGAAAGGUCAACUUCACUUGAUAAACAACCCCCGGCUGAUGAAAGCACAGAGGAAGAUCCUUUGCAAGAAUCCCAAAAAGCCGAUGAGGAAAUUUCCAAGGGAAAAGCUGAUAUUGCAGUUGUGGACCAACCUGCUACAAAUACGGUUGAAUCUAUUAAUAGCCAGUUAGAAGGAAAACCCAAUUCUCAAGAAUUGGAGGACUUACAAGCUGAUGCUAGUACCGACAAGAAAACGGAAGAACCAUUCACCUUUUCUGCUGAAAAACACAGUAAAUCUGAAACAUCAAAUGAACAUAGCAAUACAACAAGCAAUGAGAUCGAAGAUAGUAAAGAUCGCACAAGAGUAGAACCAUUAGUUGCAAAUAUGGAGAGCACAGUUGACGCCGUUGUGCUUGAAGGAGAUUGUUCAGAUGAUCCAGCAAAACUUGGUGAAACCAAAACGGAUCUUAAAGAAGAAGUAUUCGAUGAUAAAGAUACUUUGGAGCCAAGGCCCGAAAAUGAAUCAACCCAAAAUCCCGAACAGAGAAAAUCUUCAUUGCUUGUAUCUAAUCAAUUAAUUGGCACCCAAAAUUUACCUACUAACCAUAUUGAGGUUGAAAAGACCACCAAGAAGUUAUCUAGCCCUAGUGUAAGAGAAAAAGAUAUUGGCACCCCAACAUCGGGACGACUUGUGUCCACACCCAUAGCUGAGUUACAGCUCAAGUCAUUCAAGACUCCCAACGACGAUGGCGCCUGGUAUGAUAUAUAUGUGGAGCCCAAGGUGACCACUGGUAUGGAUCUGGAGGUCCCUCCAGCACCGGUUGAAAUCAAAAGACCGGAAUCGGGUAAAGAAGUAGCUUCUGUUGUAAAAGAACCCAACAUUAUGUCAGAAAGAGCUCCAAGUUACUAUACACCCAAGGAAAUAGUAGAAGCUGUGAAACCGAAACUAAAGAAUUCAGUUUCAUUUUUUGUUUCAUUCGAUUCUGAUGAUGGAAAACCCAAAUACAAGAUACCGAAAAGAUUUCGGAAUCAACCGAAUAAAGAUGGUAAAAAAGAAGUAAAUGAUAUUGAACCUACUCAAUCGGAAUCAGAUAUCGAUUACAACGAGGAGGAAAUUGUAAUUAUUGAAGUUGAAGAAGGCGAUCCUGAAUAUCAGCAAACCGGCGGAACUAAACUACAAACCAUAAUGGAGCUUGAUAAUGAGAAUGAGCUGACCAAUGAAUUUAACAUUCAAGGCCGAGAAUUAAAUCCGGAUGAUAGUGGUCUGUCAAAACCAAAAUCCCCCGUAAAUUCUAUUACGGAAUUUGAGUCAGCCUAUAAAAGAGACAUCUUAAAUAUCACAAGAUCUGUGCUCAUCAUAGAAAGAGCUUACAAACGGUUCAGGAAUAGGCCUUCUUUAAAAAGUAAGUCUGAUUUUGAAAAACAAAACAGGGCUGCAAUAGUUAUUCAAAAGUGGGUUCGGAACACCCUUAAUCAGAAAGCCUCUGAUACUCAAAAAUCGAAGCAAGAUCUUGCUGCGAAGAAAAUUCAAAGAGCUUAUCGAAAAUAUAUCGAAAAGGCCAAGCAAAGGAAAAGGCUAAAACAAGAAAUGGCUGCACUCAUUAUCCAAAAGGCAUUCAAAAGAUAUUCUCACAGGAUCCGCACGGAACUGAGUAAAACUCAAUCUUCAGUUGAUGCAGAAAUUGAGCAAACUAAAGCUGCUUCUAAAAUUCAAAGGGCUUAUAGAAGAUAUCUAAAAUUACAGUCUGCAAGUCACCAAGCGGCUGGAAUCCCAGUAAAAGGUGAUUUAAGUACAGCUGGCUUGGUAAAAUUAUCCUCAGAAUCCGAAGUAGUUGAUAAAUUGACAUCUAAUGAAGAACAGCAAGUUAGUUUAAUCCCCAUUUCCACUCAGGAAUUACCUGAUUACCCAGAACAUAUAAACGAAUUGCAACCUGAAGAUCUUCAAGAUGUAGAACUAGAAGAGCCUUCGAGAGGCGUUUUAAGUCCAGUUAAUUCGGCAAGUGUAUCUGCAGAAGUUGAGAAACCUGUGGAAGAAUUAAAAUGGCCAUCAGAAAAUCACCAAGAUAAACAACAGGUUGCAGAAACUAUGCCAAACCCAAUUAAUUUGACACAAUCAAGUGAAGAACCUAAGAGGGUAAAGGAAUUAAAGUCGGAUAAGUUCCAAGAAAUAGAAAACUUUUCAAUAGUUAAUUCCACUCCAACUAAUACGAAAAGAUCACCUGAUAAAGUACCAGAUCCCAUUGAAAUACAGCCUCUGGAACAGCAUAAAUUAAAAGAUACAAAAACUGACAUAGACGAGAAUAAAAAAAGUAUACAUUUACAGACCGAAAAAUUAAAAGACUUAGAAAAUCAGUCGAAAGAAACGAAUCAUAAUGAUAAGCCAGAAAGGAUAACUGAACUACAGACGAAUGUAUCUCAGGCAAGUCCCACUCAGCCAUUAAAGGAUGAUCUCGUAGGAAAGUCAAGUGCAGCCCUGAUAAUACAAAGAGCAUUCAGGCAAUAUAUGGAAAGAAGAAAGCUUGACAAUUUCGAGGAUAGCUCCAUUGAUUCCAUUACGAGUUCGCGCAUAACAGCCAUAGAGACUACCGACUAUCCAACUGCAGGAACACCAUCAGGAAGUUUAAUUCAGGAAGCUAUCGGAAACGCAGGAGAUACUUCAGAAGAUACUUCUACGACCCAACCAAAGUCCGAGUGGUUUGUGGGGUCAACCCGCAUAAUACCAAGCCAGGGAGUCGUUGAAGGAGCUGUUGAGUUGGAAACCAAUCCGGAUACAGCUGCAAUUGCAACCACAAGUAAAGCCGAGCUCACCACCAGCACGCAAGUAGAAACAGUUGAAACAGUAGAUAGAACGCAUGGCUCGCUUGAAUCUAAAUUAAAUCCUGGUACCAUAAUCGAUGAGAAUCUAGGCGAUGCAUCCGAAAAGGAUAAUGCAAUCUCUUCUGGUUUAGCAGGUUUAGCGGAAGCUUCUGAAGAUCGUCUUGAUUCAGUGGAGGAUGCCCUUCUCCUAUCGCAAUCUGAAUUUGGUGGGCUCGUACAGUCUCUGGACAUCGCCUCGACUCAAGAACUUCUCAAUGCUUUCCUGCAGAACGAGAUUGAAUAUUCUUCUAAGCACGGACCGUUUCCAAGUGCUAAGCUUCUUGAAGAAGUUAUUGAGGAGCCUUGCAUAAAAAGAUGCGCUUCACUGGUUACUGUUUCCGAAGGUGAAUCAGAACCGGAUAUUGCUAGUCAAAAAGUCGAGAAUACAGAUUCAUCUCUAUCUGAAACUACGGGCUUGGACACACUAUCUGCAGAUACAAUAGACAAAGCCACGGUUAAGUUAUCCAAGCCAGAGGAGGUAAUUGAAAAAAUGUCUCAGCUUCGUGACUCAAAGUCCCUCGAGAGGAUUUCCUCAGCAGAUCCCAGUUUCGAUGAGCCCGUUAUCCGACCCAUGAGCUCUCUGCAGGAGCAAUCCAGCCUGGACAUCGAGGAUGGAGAUAUCAUCGUAUACAACCGACUGCAGAGGGAUGAAACUAGGGAGAGCUCUGCUCAAAGCGAUUCCGUGGUCUUUGGUGAUGAAGUGUCCGAAAAUAAUCAAGAGAAGGAGUUGCUCAAUGAGGAGGAAUCCGGAAGGGUGCAUUUGAUGAGGCACUACACCAUCGCAGGAGAUGAUCCGCGAGGACUAUUCAGAUCCGUGACCAUCGAUGAUGCUCUGAGUUAUGUGGAGAACGGAGCUAAAGGGAUGGGCGCGAGUAGUUUCUGUUUGGACGACGAAACUUCGGAGAACAUUCGAAAGAAGAUGAUGGCCUACUCGUUGUCUGAAACGGAUUCCGAUUACUUUGAUCCGAAAAAGGUCAGCAACGAGGACAUGGACAUAGACACGGCCAUGGCAGACGCCAUGGGUACAUCCACUGAAACGGAAUCCACAAUUGUUUCGGCGGCCACAAAGAUCCAGGCUGGAGCUCGUGGCUUUCUCACCAGGCGAAGAUUGCGACGGGCCAGUGCUGGCACCAAGUCAUCCACGUUGGACACGAAGGCAUCCUUUGGUAACGAUGCGAUCAGUGAGUCCCUGGAACGAUUCAUCGAGGAGGAGGCGGCUAAGAAGAUACAAGCCGCAUACCGGAUGCACACACGAAAACGAAAGGUUCAUAGCCGGAAAAUGGAAGGCAUCAGUUUGGAGAGCAACCUGGCCGCCAGACGCCAGAAGUUGCAGCGGGGGGAUGCACUUCGAAACGAUUCCACUCCGGAUGAUGAGAACAGUUUGAUGGUCAGUGCAGGCAAAGGGCAAAAAAGUGCAAAAACCCAGAGAAGCAAAACCGUUGGCGAGGCUAGGUCAAGCGCUGACAUGGAAUUAAGGUGGCUGAAAAUGAGGCAGAAUUCGAUGCCCGUGCAAAUCGAUUGCGAAGUUUUCAGAGUAAUCCCCAAACAUAUGCGAAAACGCAUUAAAAGCGCCGAGGCGAACAAAAGAAAAUAAAGUAUACGAAUUGUAUAGGUAUCAACGCUGAACUAUAUCUAAAUAAUAUAUAUAAUUAAUCUGAAA